GGCGGCAGGCGGGAUAGGCACGGCAGGCUCGGCGGUGACAGCAGCGCCCGCGCUCCCCGCGCGUAGGUGUGCAGCGCGCUCCUGGCGGGCACGGAGCGCGCAGAUCUCGCGUGCGCUCGCAGCCCAGCUUGGCCCCCUCCUGGCGCUGCGAGCCGAGGUGUCGCCCGCGUCCGCGUCGCCGUGCCCGCGAGCGGGAGCCGGAGUCGCCGCCGCCCGAGCGCAGCAGAGCGCACGCCGAGCCCGUCCGUCUCCGCCAUGGCCACCACGGUGACCUGCACCCGCUUCACUGACGAGUACCAGCUCUACGAGGAUAUUGGCAAGGGGGCUUUCUCUGUGGUCCGACGCUGUGUCAAGCUUUGCACCGGCCAUGAGUACGCAGCCAAGAUCAUCAACACCAAGAAGCUGUCAGCCAGAGAUCACCAGAAGCUGGAGAGAGAGGCUCGAAUCUGCCGCCUUCUGAAGCACUCCAACAUCGUACGCCUGCAUGACAGCAUCUCCGAGGAAGGCUUCCACUACCUGGUCUUCGAUCUGGUCACUGGUGGGGAGCUCUUUGAGGACAUUGUGGCGAGAGAAUACUACAGCGAGGCAGAUGCCAGUCACUGCAUCCAGCAGAUCCUGGAGGCGGUUCUCCACUGCCACCAGAUGGGGGUCGUCCACAGGGACCUCAAGCCCGAGAACCUGCUCCUGGCCAGCAAGUGCAAGGGCGCCGCGGUGAAGCUGGCGGACUUUGGCCUGGCCAUCGAGGUGCAGGGGGACCAGCAGGCGUGGUUUGGGUUCGCUGGCACGCCAGGCUACCUGUCCCCAGAGGUCCUGCGCAAGGAGGCAUAUGGCAAGCCAGUGGACAUCUGGGCAUGUGGGGUGAUCCUGUACAUCCUGCUCGUGGGGUACCCACCCUUCUGGGACGAGGACCAGCAUAAGCUGUACCAGCAGAUCAAGGCUGGGGCCUACGACUUCCCAUCCCCCGAGUGGGACACCGUGACACCUGAAGCCAAGAACCUCAUCAACCAGAUGCUCACCAUCAACCCCGCCAAGCGCAUCACGGCACACGAGGCACUGAAGCACCCGUGGGUCUGCCAACGCUCCACAGUGGCUUCCAUGAUGCACAGACAGGAGACCGUGGAGUGCCUGAAAAAGUUUAACGCCCGGAGGAAGCUCAAGGGAGCCAUCCUCACCACCAUGCUGGCCACGCGGAAUUUCUCAGUGGGCAGACAGACCACCGCUCCGGCCACAAUGUCCACAGCGGCCUGCGGCACCACCGUGGGGCUGGUGGAACAAGCAGCCAAGAGUCUACUCAACAAGAAAGCAGAUGGAGUCAAGCCCCAGACGAAUAGCACCAAGAACAGUGCAGCCACCAGCCCCAAGGGGACACUUCCUCCGGCCGCCCUGGAACCUCAAACUACCGUCAUUCAUAACCCAGUGGACGGGAUCAAGGAGUCAUCCGACAGCACCCACACCACCAUAGAGGACGAGGACACAAAAGCCCCCAAGGUCCCUGACAUCCUGAGCUCUGUGAGGAGGGGCUCAGGAACCCCGGAAGCCGAGGGCCCCCUGCCUUGCCUGUCUCUGGUUCCCAUUAGCCCCCUGCCUACCCGAUCCCCCAGGACCUCUGACGUCCUGAGCUCCGGGAGGAGGGGCUCAGGGACCCCGGAAGCUGAGGGCCCCCCACCCGCCCUGUCCCCCAGGAUCUCUGACAUCCUGAACACGGUGAGGAGGGGCUCGGGGACCCCGGAAUCCCAGGGCCCCCCACCCUGCGCGUCUCCGGUUCUCCCAGGGCCCCCACCUGCCCCGUCUCGGAAGCAGGACAUCAUCAAGAUAACAGAGCAGCUCAUUGAGGCCGUGAACAACGGAGACUUCGAGGCCUACGCGAAAAUCUGCGACCCAGGCCUGACCUCAUUCGAGCCCGAAGCUUUGGGCAACCUGGUCGAAGGGAUGGACUUCCACAGGUUCUACUUCGAGAACUUGCUCGCCAAGAACAGCAAGCCCAUCCACACGACCAUCCUGAACCCGCACGUGCACGUCAUCGGCGAGGACGCCGCCUGCAUCGCCUACAUCCGCCUCACGCAGUACAUCGACGGGCAGGGCCGGCCCCGCACUAGCCAGUCAGAGGAGACCCGCGUGUGGCACCGCCGUGACGGCAAGUGGCAGAACGUGCACUUCCACUGCUCGGGAGCGCCCGUGGCCCCACUGCAGUGACGAGCUGACAGACUGGUGUUCGGAGCCCAGACGCCUCCCGGCGCGCGGCCUGCCUGUCGCAUGUUUGUGUCCGCCUCGUCCCUCCCCCGGUGACUGUGUCUGCAGAAAAACAAGACCAGAUGUGAUUUCUUUUUAAAAACAAGAUGACAGUGACAACCACACAAAAAAAUUGAUGUCGGAUGAAAGGGAAAAAAAAACUAAACCAAGGAAAAAGCUGUAAAAAUGACUGGCAUUUGUGGGGCUUUGAACCGACUGGCCACUCCCCACCCCAGCUCCACGUGUCUGUCUGCUCCUGGCCUCAGGGACUGAGGGCCCUGUGCCUUUGCACAGGCCUGUUGCCCCAAGGGGUUUGUUCAGUGGCACCCACCCCCAGGCGCUGUCUAGGCCUGCGGCUGAUUGCCAGGAGUGUCAGGUGUCACCUGGGCAGGGAGCACAGCUGCUUCUUUCCCUUCCUCUUCUCCCCGCAUGGAUGGCAGUGCAGAGGCCCCUGCCCACCCUGGGCCGGCCGAGCUGCAAGGGGCACACUGUACCCUGACUCACGACCUGCCUAGAGGACAUCCCAGGGCUGGCCUCCCUGCUGUUGGCGGGGCCUCCCCCCACCAAAAGGGCGUGGGUUUGAGGCCCCAGGGCUCUGUCCUGAUGUCCUGAUGCAGGAAGGAGAGGGGUCAGAAGGCGGGGGUGGCUCCCCAGCCCCCAGGACACAGCAAGGAUCCAGGCCUGUGUCGGCUCAAGUGGCA